CGCCCGCCCGCGCCCCGACCAGCCCGGCCCCGGGCAGCCACUCACCGGCGUCCCCAGUCCGCGUCCUUCCUCCCCGGGUCCCGGCCAUGGCGCUGAGCGAACCCAUCCUGCCGUCCUUCUCCACUUUCGCCAGCCCGUGCCGCGAGCGCGGCCUGCAGGAGCGCUGGCCGCGCGCAGAGCCCGAGACUGGCGGCACCGACGAGGACCUCAACAGCGUGCUGGACUUCAUCCUGUCCAUGGGGCUGGACGGCCUGGGCUCCGACGCCGCCCCGGAGCCGCCGCCGCCGCCCCCGCCGCCUGCGUUCUAUUACCCCGAACCUGGCGCGCCGCCGCCCUACGGCGCCCCCGCGGGGGGUCUGGUGUCCGAGUUGCUGCGACCCGAGCUGGACACGCCGCCGGGGCCCGCGCUGCACGGCCGCUUUCUGCUGGCGCCGCCCGGCCGCCUGGUCAAGGCCGAGCCCCCCGAAGCGGACGGCGGCGGCUACGGCUGCGCCCCCGGGCUGACCCGUGGACCGCGCGGUCUCAAGCGCGAGGGCGCCCCAGGCCCGGCGGCUUCGUGCAUGCGAGGUCCCGGGGGCCGCCCCCCGCCUCCGCCCGACACCCCGCCGCUCAGCCCCGACGGCCCAGCGCGCCUGCCCGCGCCCGGCCCGCGCGCCUCCUUCCCGCCGCCCUUCGGUGGCCCCAGCUUCGGCGCGCCCGGGCCCGGCCUGCAUUACGCGCCCCCUGCGCCCCCCGCCUUCGGUCUCUUCGACGACCCGGCUGCCGCCGCCGCAGCCCUGGGCCUGGCGCCUCCCGCCGCCCGCGGUCUCCUUACGCCGCCCGCGUCCCCUCUGGAGCUGCUGGAGGCCAAGCCCAAGCGCGGCCGCCGCUCGUGGCCCCGCAAACGCACCGCCACCCACACCUGCAGCUACGCCGGCUGCGGCAAGACCUAUACCAAGAGUUCGCACCUGAAGGCGCAUCUGCGCACGCAUACAGGUGAGAAGCCCUACCACUGCAACUGGGACGGCUGCGGCUGGAAGUUUGCGCGCUCAGACGAGCUCACGCGCCACUACCGCAAGCACACGGGCCACCGGCCAUUCCAGUGCCAUCUGUGCGAUCGUGCCUUCUCGCGCUCCGACCACCUGGCGCUGCACAUGAAGCGGCACAUGUAGCCGGGACGUCCCCGCCCGCCUGCGCGCGGCCGUGGCGGGUCCCACGCGCCGGACGCGGCCCCUUCCCAAACUGUGACUGGUAUUUAUUGGACCCGGAGAACCGGGCCGGGCACAGCGUGGCUACAGAGGGCCUCCCUCGAUGACGACGACGACGCCACCGCCCCAGCCCCCAUCUGUGACUGAAGACCCGGUGGGAAAAGACCACGAUCCUCCUUGACGAGUUUUGUUUUUCAAAAUGGUGCAAUAAUUAAGUGGCAUCUUCCUCCCCCCGGGUCUACACUAGAGGAUCGAGGCUUGAUGCCUUGUGAGAAAUAGCGGCCUUAAUUUGUACUGUCUGCGGCAUUCUUUUUUAUAAUAUUGUACAUAGUGACUGUGAUGAAUAAUUGUAUUACUGUACAUAGACAGUGGGCAUUUUUGGGCUACCUGAUUCGUUUUUAUAAGAUUUUGCUGGGUUUUUUUUUUUAAUUAAAAGUUUUGUAUCUUUUAAAAAAAAAAUCACA